UCAUUCUUCAUUUGAAAUUAUGAAAGUUGGGUAAAACUGCUUGACAAGGAAGUUGACCAACUUAGUCAAGCAGAAUUAAAUUUUAGAAAUUAUAAUUUCUAAAUUUAUUUAUUUUAGUUAGAUAAAAUAAUUUUAAAUAAAAUAAAAUAUUCUACAAUUAAAUUUAUAUUAGUCUAAUCAUAUCUAUUUUAUUGUGCGUACAACGUACCAAAUCCACCCCUCAUAGGUAUAUAUAACAGUUAAAAGUCAAUUUUAUUAGCUGCAAAAUUGUUUUUCUUAUAGGAAAGAGAAAGGAAAACCAAAAAAUUAGGAAAAAACAAAAGAAAAGUAAAAAAAAGAAGAAGAUCACCACUCAUCAUCAAAGAAAUGUCAAAAGAGCUCUUCACAUAGUCUUCUAGCAAGACUACCGACACCAAUUAAGCCUUCAAAUUCACCAGAACUUGUACUAACCACUUUAUUUGAAGUGGGGUUUGCCCAAGAUUUCAUUUUCUUGAAAAAAAAAAUAUAUUUUUGUUAAUCGGUCCUUCAAUUCUUGGGUUGAUUUAACUAUGGAAGCAAGUUCAGGUGAUCAUGGCGUGCAAAGUAAUUUCAAAGGAGUUCCAACACAUGGGGGUCGUUAUGUUCAGUAUAAUGUGUAUGGUAAUCUUUUUGAAGUUACCAAAAAGUAUAUUCCCCUUAGACCUGUUGGUCGUGGAGCUUAUGGCAUUGUUUGUGCCGCUUUGAAUUCGGAAACACGUGAGGAAGUAGCUAUUAAGAAGAUUGGCAAUGCAUUUGAUAAUAGAAUAGAUGCAAAAAGAACACUACGAGAGAUAAAGCUUCUUCGUCACAUGGAUCAUGACAAUGUGAUUGCCAUUAAAGAUAUCAUAAGGCCACCACAAACUGAGAAUUUUAAUGAUGUCUACAUUGUUUAUGAACUGAUGGACACUGAUCUUCAUCAGAUAAUUCGUUCCAACCAGCAGUUGACUGAUGAUCACUGUCGGUAUUUCUUAUACCAAAUAUUACGAGGACUCAAGUACAUUCACUCUGCCAAUGUCCUGCAUCGUGAUCUAAAACCCAGCAAUUUGCUUCUCAAUGCAAAUUGUGACCUAAAAGUUGGAGAUUUUGGGCUUGCAAGGACAACAUCUGAGACAGAUUUCAUGACGGAGUAUGUUGUAACACGCUGGUAUCGUGCGCCGGAGUUGCUCUUGAAUUGUUCAGAAUAUACAGGAGCAAUUGAUAUCUGGUCAGUAGGUUGCAUACUGGGUGAGAUGAUGACAAGACAACCUCUCUUUCCCGGCAAGGAUUACGUUCACCAAUUGAGACUUAUCACAGAGCUCAUAGGAUCACCUGAUGAUGCCAGUCUUGGAUUUCUCCGGAGCGAUAAUGCUCGGAGAUAUGUUAGACAGCUCCCGCAGUACCCAAGGCAACAAUUUGCUGCUAGAUUCCCCAAUUCAUCUCCUGGAGCUGUUGAUUUGCUUGAAAAAAUGCUUGUCUUUGAUCCAAGCAAGCGUGUUACAGUUGAUGAAGCUCUCUGCCACCCCUACUUGGCACCUCUUCAUGAUAUCAAUGAGGAGCCUGUUUGUCCUAGGCCUUUCAGUUUUGACUUUGAGCAGCCAUCUUUUACUGAAGAAAAUAUCAAGGAGCUCAUUUGGAGGGAAUCUGUGUACUUUAAUCCAGAUCCAACUCACUAAGAGAGAUGCUGUUUUAUAAUUUCUGCUGUUAAGAGUUCUGUGACAUAGCUUUUGUAGGAUACUUUCAAACAUUGCAAUGAUUUCGGUAAAAAAUUAGAUGCAGCGGAGGCGAGUUCAUGGUUCUGUUAGUAGCUUAUGUUAAAUUUGUCCUAUUAAUCUUUCAAGCUGAUCAAUGCUGUAAUAGGAAAGCUAAAAGCAAACUUGAAUGGUAGCCCAUGAUCAGAACGUUUCAAGUUCCAAUUCCUUCUUGUUACCAGAUUCUCUCUGGCUGGUAGACUAGGAAAUCCUGAGUGAUUACAGCUUUGUUAUCCUAAAAUUUGGCCCAUCUUUGCUUUCAAGUGGUUUGACAGUAGUUGUAUGUAUUUUCAGUCUGAGUGCCCUAUGUGA